AUGCACGUUGAGCCAUUUGAAGUCCCAUCAUUUUCUCCUGAACAGCUCGCUUUGCUCAAGGACAAACUCAGCAAAACAACGUAUCCAAAUGAAUUACAAGAGGAUGUGGGAUGGGAUUAUGGUGCACCCACUUGGGCUGUCGAGCCCGUUGCCAAGGCAUGGCUUGAGGAUUAUGAUUGGGAAGUGGCUCGUGCCAAAAUGAAUCAAUGGCACCAUUACCAUGGCAACCUGCAAGGCAUGAAAAUUCAUUUUAUCCAUGAGAGAUCAUCCGAUCCAAAUGCCAUCCCUCUCCUUCUCUUGCAUGGUUGGCCAUCCACCUUUUAUGAAUUCCAUAAUGUGAUUGACGAUUUACGCGAUGGCGCUUUUGGUGGUCAAGCCUUUCACGUCAUUGUACCAAGUCUUCCUGGUUUUGGAUUCUCGGAUCCACCCACAGAGCGGGGUUUUGGUGUAGCCAAGAAUGCAGCAUUGUUGAAUGAGCUCAUGAUCGAACUUGGAUACAGCAGCUAUUUAUUGCAGGGCGGUGACUGGGGUGCCAUCAUUGGCAAAUACAUGGCAACACGAUACAAGCAAAACUGCAAGGCAUUCCAUACCGGUCUUCCUUUUUGCUUACCACCACUCCCAACGCCUCGUAACCUUUUAUUCCACCCAUUCAAAAUUGUCAAAUUCUUUACCAGUGUGCUGGUUGGCUUUGAUCGUGUGUACGGAAAAGGAAAAACGGUGCUUAACGGUGCCACAUUUGCCAAUGCCGAAUGGUACUAUGGAUGUGGCUAUCGUGCUAUUCAAGGCACUCGACCUUACACGCUUGCUUAUGGAUUGACAGAUAGCCCAUUGGGUCUUAUGGCAUGGAUGCUUGAAAAGUACCAUGAAUGGACAUACCAUCCUGCGGAAAAGCAGGAUAUCGAGGCGUUGCCCUCCACCAUUUCAACACAUGACUUUUUGACCCAAGUCUCUAUUUAUUACUUGACCAACACCAUGUCAUCCUCGAUUCGUAUCUAUUACGAAUGCCUUCAUCAACAUGAAAUGUUCAAAGUGGUCAUCCCUCGGGUCGAAGUACCUGUUGCCGUCUCGGCGUUUGCUCAUGAUAUUUCCAAGCUGCCACAAGAUUGGCUUGAAGCAGCCACCAACCUCCAUCAAUUCUCUGAAUACGAAUCGGGUGGUCAUUUUCCAGCCAUGGAAGAAGGUGAACAGCUGACCAAGGACAUCCAGCGUUUUGGAAAGUUGCUUCGUAACAAGAGCAUUCUUUGA